UCAUUUUUUAUAAAAAUACAGAAAUUAAAAACAAAAACACAAAAUGGGAAAAUCAUCCAGAAAGGAAAUCAAUAUUCGGCGUUUGUUAGCACAAUGUGAAGUAAUGGCAUCUGACUGUCAACACAACGAGUGUAAAAUCGACUGGCGACUUGCUAAGUAUUUAAAACAUCUUGAUAAAGAAAUCGAAGCAUUAAAAAAAGAUCAAAUGAAUCCCCCGACGACAGACGUGGUGCGUGAUUAUGAACGUAAAGUGGAAUUUCUAAAAGGUAUCGUGAAAGCUGACGAAGUGGAUGAUCCGUUGGAACGCACUUUAUUGUGCCAUCACUUACUCCCCUCAACAGUUAUUAGUGGCGAACAAUCUUGCGGAUCGCACACUAAAGAACUACAUUUGCAGGUCAAAGGAAAACAUCAAAAAGAAUUGCGUCAGCAGCUUUUUGGUGGUGAAGAUGCGCUUCGAAAGAGAAAAGUACACGAAUCUUCUACCACGAAAGAUAAUAUCAGUCACAUUAUUAAACAACACCACGACAUGCAAGAAAAAGUGGCUGAAGAGAUGAUCAAAAUGGCAAUCUCUAUGAAGGAAAAUUCUCUCGCAGCAAGAGAUAUCAUUCAAACCGAUAACCAGGAACUGGAGCGAGCCACCAAAGUUACAGAGAGCAAUUACAAAAAAUUGAAAACCGAGAGUGACCGUCUUGAAGAACUGAACAAAAAGACAUGUUCAUGUACUAUUUGGAUCAUGCUCGCUAUCGUGUGUGUCGUGUUUAUCAAUAUGAUCAUAUUUAUCAAGUUCUUUCCCAAACGGAAAACUUACUGAAUUUUAGUGAGUUGGAAAAGAUGUAUAAUACGAAUAUAGGAUAUAUUAACUUGAAUAUGUAUAUAAUAAAAUCUGAAAUACUUAUUUAUUUCGUUGUCGAUUAAAUUUAUGUUUGA